AUGGUCGCCUUUCCGAUUCAUGCUCGCCAUUCCCAGAACAGCGCGGGUGAGCUAGAGUCCGAGGCGAACCAACUUCUCCCGGCGCCACAACGCCGGCAUCGCGUCCGCGUCCAAGGCCGUCUAGCAGUCGUCCGCAGCGUUUCCACAGUAAAUCUGCGGCCUUCUCCGUCUGCACUAACAUCCCCGAGUGGCACGAGCCGUAGCCGCACAACGGCCCCCACAGGCCCGAGGUUCGAGUCAGGCGUCGCAGGGAGCACGGUGCCGCCCGUAAGGAGAAGAAGCUUGGACGACUUGGGCAACGAGAGGGAGCAGGAAUUCGAUGUAAACGAGACGGUUGUGAGGGAUUGCCAACUCAGGGGAUACGGAAUCGGCGGGGCCGGAAAUAUCAGGCGUCCAACCGAAGCGUACGGGUCCAGGAAAGCGAACGUCUCCUCAUCAGCAUUUACCAAAUUCUCUUCAUCAAACCCGUCAACCACGCCGAGUGGGCCGGACAAGACGUUGUGGCGGCUGCGAGACUUCCUAAAGCGAACCAGAAACUACAAGGAUAAGGGGACGCGGCCUGAUAGUACGCAUGUCACGUUUGUCUCAUGUCCGGCUAGCCAAGCGCAGCUUCAGCUUGAAGAUAAUAAACGGUCCAUUUGA